CAGGACAUCGUCGUAUUUGCGUCCGAAGAAGAACAUGAUUCGUUUGCCGAUGCUGAUUGCCCCUCGACGGACCGCUUCAGCAAGUUCGUUCAGUGCGUCGUGGUGGAUACCAUGUCGCGGAUCACCCUGAACGCGCAUCUUAUUGUAUUCAAGUCCCUGUGUUCAGUGGAUGGCACUCUCUGUCAAGACCUUUUACCAUUGCUGUUGGAGCUGGCUGUUCAGUCCCAGGCAGAUGUGAAUUAUUUUACUUCUUCCGCAAACGAGUUUUUGUUGGACGUACUUAACAGCGUUGAAGAUUCAACAGAAGUUGCUAAGAAGUUCAUCUUGUUAAUGACCACAAUUUAUCGUCGUCUGCAAGAGGGUGAACAGAGGUAA